GGUCCCAGUUACAGGGAGAGUUUUGGGAGCGGAGUGGAUGAGGAGAGGCAGAGAGAGGAGGCAGGAGGGAUCCCGCGUACGAACCGUUGGGGCCAAAAGUGACGACACAUCAAUCUCAGGCACCUUCUUGAUUGGACAUUGGGACAGUUGGUGACAUGAUGGCGCAAGUUCUACAUAUGGAGGCCCACUUCCCAGGGAAGCCGGGUCCUCCCUCUCUCUCUUCUAUGAAAGACCCAGAAGCAGCCUAUUCGGUGGAGACGCCCUACGGUUACCGCUUGGAUUUGGAUUUCCUCAAAUACGUUGACGACAUAGAAAAGGGCCACACUAUAAAACGAGUGCCAGUGCACCGCCGGCCCCGCUAUGGAUCCCUGCCCCGAGGCCCUGGAUACACAGGCUCAUGGUGGACCUCUACGGAAUCCCUCUGCUCCAAUGCUAGCAACGACAGCCGCCAUUCUUCCUACUCCUACUGUGGCAGAGGCUUCUACCCAGCCUACGAGAGCAGAGGUGGGGCCCAGGCACCCCAUAACUUUAAUCCAAGGGUGGAGAAGACGCUGCUCGAUGCCAGUAAGAAGUUGGAGGCAGGGCAGUCUCGCCCUCUCAGCUUGGGAUGCCGCUCCACCAGCUCUCUGUCUACUCAGUCUCUCUCUCGCUUUCCCUCAACCUCAUCCCAGCAGAUCUCUUCUUUUACCCCUCUAAGCUCUGGGAUGUCCACCCCAGUGUCUCCGUCGCCGGCCCAGCUUCAACAUGUGCGCGAGCAAAUGGCGGUGGCACUCAAGAGGUUGCGGCAGCUUGAGGAACAGGUGAAGAUGAUCCCCGUCCUGCAGGUGAAGAUCUCUGUUCUCCAAGAAGAGAAACGCCAGCUCAGCGUCCAGCUCAAGAGCCAGAAAUAUCUUGGGCACCCAAGGGGUAACAUUAGGGGUAAGGACAGAGGUGAGCUAUACAUCGAGAUCCCAGAGGAAGAGUCAAAGGUGGAGAAAGAAGAAGGUGAAGAUAAAGUAGCUGGUAAGGAGGGACCUGAAAAGGAAAACAAGAAACCGGAAGGGGAAAUCAAAAACCCAAAGGAAGUGUGUAAGAAAGAGACGGUGGAAAACAACAGUUUACCUGGGAAAAGAAUGUGCAGUGUUGGGGUGUGGGUACGAGAGACGGACUUUGCCCCACUUCCCAUAAGGCAGCUAGAGGCGGACAAGCAGAAGAUGCUGGUCCAGGCUCUGUCGGCCAAAAUAGCAGUGCUUGAAAAGCAACUUGGCCGGGCGUUAAUAGAAGUGCAGAAUGCCAACCGCAAGUUGGAGGAGGCAGAAAGGGCAGGGAGAGCAGAGGAGGCGGCAAAGAGGGAGAAGAAAGAGGAGGUGCGGGCAGAUGCUGUCAAAGUGGCCCGGGUGGAACGGGGGAGUGAAGUGGUCUCCAGCACCAAAGUCGGGCAUGGGGUCCAGCCGCAAAGAGCACGAGACCUGGAAUGGAGAGGAGCAGCAAAAGCAACAGACGGAGAGGAGGAACGAGUCUACAAAAGCAAAGAGGUGGUGGAGAAGCCAUUGCUCUCUCCCUCAGGACCAGCUCCCAAAUUCCAUCUGGUCAAAAAAAUCAGCAUCACUGGGCACUGCUCUACAGAAGAGCCUGCAACAGAAGGAAAUACGGGCGGAAUACUGGCCCAGACAGCUACGUGGAGUCAGAUGAACGUGUCGGGCGCUGCGGCAGGGAGGGAAGGAGAUGGCACAGACCCAACCAAGGAACAAGAUAAAGGCAAGAGGAACGCACAGGAAGAUCCACAACCAAAACCGGCCCAGUUCCCCCGGCUGAAUGGAGAAAUGGACUCUGCCUCCUCAGAGGAUUCUGGGACUAUGGAGAAUCCAUCAGACAGUGAGAGCACAGAGAGUGAAUAUCAUGAGGCGAGUGAGGCAUUGGCGGGGGCACAGGCUGAGCUCCACUCGUUAGCAGCGGGUAACAGUGAUACCCCAAAGGAACCAGAGAGAGAGCAACCUGCACCCACAGCCAUAGUGUCCCCCCCCAAGCCUACUCCCAGGGUGGAGCUGAGCAAUGUGCUGAUUUCGGGGUGCGUGGCCCUUCAGAAGUCUCUAGAUGAAGGCACAGCUCUUCCAGAAAUGGAGAAGUCAGCGGCGCACAGUGUGAUUUUGCAGGAAUGGAUGAAGAUACUUCGGCAGAAGGAUGUGGACCCGGCUGUAAUUCGCCACCAUCUAACAGUGUUCCGCGCCAUGUCCCCACGUUUGCUGGAGGUCAUCAUAAACAUGGCCGACGCCAAGGGGAACACGGCAGUGCACUAUGCUGUGUCUCAGUCCAACUUCACUGCGGUCAGGCAGCUCCUGGAUACAGGCCUAUGUGAUGUGAACAGACAGAAUAAGGCCGGAUUCACUCCCCUCAUGCUCACAGCCCUGGCGGCUUUUCGAUCUGACGAAGAUAUUGAGACGGUCACGCAGAUGUUGCGUCUGGGAGAUGUGAACUGCAGAGCCAGCCAGGCUGGGCAGACUGCUUUGAUGUUGGCCGUCAGUCAUGGGAGGUUGGAUGUGGUUCGGGCCCUGCUGGCGUGUGGAGCAGACGUCAACAUACAGGAUCACGAUGGCUCCACGGCACUUAUGUGUGCAUGUGAACACGGCCACGCGGAUAUUGUCAGUCUACUCCUGGCUGUACCUGCAUGUGAUGUUUCACUCACUGAUAAUGAUGGAAGUACAGCUCUGUCUAUUGCGCUGGAAGCUGGACAGAAUGAUAUAGCAAUGCUGCUAUCUGCACAUAACUCCAAGAUAUCCAAUCAGGAUGAAGGAACAGACCCUAAACGCCAGAGAGUGAACCCAUCAGAUGAAUCCCAAUAAGAGGAGGAAGUGGGUGAAGCUCAAGUGGGGGCCACAGAGACACUGCAUGCCGUCCAAAGCUAUAAGUGGCCCCUGUAAUACUGCACUGCAAGAACCACUAGGAUUUUACACUCGGCUUCAGCACCAUGGAGAGAGGGGGGGGGGCUUAGGGGACGGGAGAGAGGAAGUGAGAAGCUAAAGCAAAGCAAACAGCCAUAGAGUAUUGGGGGGGGGGGCUAAGGGAAAGCAGAGAUGAGUGAUGUACAUAAGGGAAAUGAGGAGGUAAUUAGAGAAAGAGAAUGGAAGGUUAUUGGAGAUGUACGAGAGGCUGAGAAUGUAGAGAGAGGAGUGGGAUCAGGUCUGAGUUUAGGAUUGGUGGGGCUCAUAGUGAAACAGUUACUGUGUUGGCGCCGGUAUUUAUAUCAGGUAUCGCCAACCUCUUGCCCUCGAGCUGUUGUUGAACUACAAAUUCUAGAUCCCCACCAACACUAAGGCUGCUGGGAAUUGUAGUGCAACAGCAGCUAUAGGACCAAAGCUUGGGCAACAAUGCUAAACAGUGCGGCUCUCCUUACUGAACCUGCUGUUCCACCGGCCAGUCCCAGGGGGCGCUGCUUGUUCAUUUGAGGCACAUAACUCAGCUUUCCUGCCCACAUUCAUUGCUACUUUAUUUGUAGCCCACAGGGGCAGGACUGGACACCCCAGGAAGCCGUGGCCAUGACUUCAAGCUAUUAAAUGCUUUUAGCAUAGAAACACUGAGGGCAAAAUGCCACGUGCCACACCCACUGCAGCUGGUGAGAGCAGGACCCACAGGGGCUAGAAGCCCUGUGAUUGGUGAGUUAUGUUCUGGCGGGAAAGCCCACUCUCAAGAUGAAAAGGGGGUGACUGGGAGCUGUACUUAGAGUGAAACGGUAAAUGUUGAAAAGAUUGAGAAUGUGAAAAGAAGACAGCGGAGAGAGGUGGGAGAUGCCAUAGUAAUAAACAGGGUGAUGCCCUCGGGUGGGGGAAAAGCGUCGCCUCUCUCCUCUUUACCAGCCAGUUAAGCUCAUUCCAUAGGAUUCAGCAAUAAUACUUACAGACUAUCGGUUGUUAUACAGGCACUGCAAUUUAUAUAUUUUUGUUAUGCAUACUUAUAUAUGUAGAGAGGACUCUCUAUCUGUAUUUUAUAAAAACUGUAUCGCUAUAUAUAUAUAAAUGUAAAGAAUAUAUAUAUGUAC